CAGCCCAGGGUAUGGUUGGCUUUCUGGGCUACAAGGGCACUUUGCUGGCUCAUGUCCAGCUUCCCAUCCACCAAUAAAAAUAGCUUACAGUACAGUGCAGACUUUUGGGCUUGCACAUGAGCAAUUAGAAAUGUUCAAAUUUACUUAUUGUUUCUAGGCAAACAGUAUGCAUCAAUCAUAGUCAAAUCCAGCAUUUGUGAAAGGCAACAGAGACUAUGUGUGAGAACAGAGCUCCACGUGAUUUGCUUAUUGAUGUGUAUGCCUUUAUGGGCAAUUUUAUUUUUUAGUGGCUUUCAGUGUAGCAGCCACCUUCAGACCAGAAUUUUACUGUGAGUUUUCCCCUCUGUUCAGCCUCAUGUUCUCUCUGCCACUUUGCCAGUCCCACACUCUCCUACCUCCUAACCCAAGCGAGCACAUAGAUGUUGUGAUCUGAGCUGUGCAUGUCCUGCUCGGGACUCAGAGAAACCUCAGAGGAGCAGGAGCUGACUUUCCAUCGGUGCAACUCACUAGCUGAUACAUGGAAACUAACCCAAAAUGUGUCCUCUCUCUUGGAAUUACUUCUUACUGGACUCUCUUCCUUGGGCUCCACAGCAAUACUGAAACUCUUGCUGUUAGAAGAUGCAGAUGCUUGUAAACGAGCUUUAAAAAUGAGCAAGUUGUGAUUUGAUCACUGAUGAUUUAUAAUUUGACCAUACUUAGGUAUAGUUCCUCUGGGAUGGCAAAAAAGAUACAAAUAGGCAAUCAACAUCUAUUAAGUGUCUGCUACAAAGCAUAUUGAAACCAGAUCACUGUAAAUACAGGAUAAACAGAAGUUUUCAAACAGGAAGAAACAGCAUCUUUUUUUGCUUGUCUUGAUACUGUUGAAGUAUCAAGACUGAAUUUUUUUGAAAAUACCCGGUCUGGGAUAGACAGGUCACAUUUCCUGAGAUAAUUGCAAUUGCUAAAGUUUGACAAAGUUUAGCAAAAUUGAAAGUAGGGCCCUGAAAUGGAAAAUAUCAGACUACCAUAGUGACAGCUUAGUGCUGUUAAUCUAGACUUUGAACAUAAUAAACACGGUUUUUUCAUGUUUUUUUUUUUUUAAUUCAUCUUUACAUGAGCCUGACUUUAACUUAAUUCAGAUGUGUUCAUCUUUGCAUAUGCAACUGGCUUGUGACAGACAAGAUGUAUUGCUUGCUUAUCUUUUCUGAAUAGCAAGUAUCUACGUCAUUCUCUAGAUGAGAUUUUUCCAUCAGGCUGCAAUCCAGAGGCAAACCAAAGCAGACAGCUGCCAAGCCGUGGGCUCUGCAUGGGAUGAGUCACAAUUGUGCUGUAUCUGCAGGCUGCACCAGUUUGUCAUGAGGAAGUAGCUCCUGAGCAGCUUCCUUCACAACAAAAAGAGGAAACAGCUGUAAGUGCACUUCAGCACUAGGACAAGUCUGUACCACAUAGCAGCGUGGAUUUGAUCCCUCAGUAAGGAUGCAGCUCUGCUGUGAAUCUGUAAAUGGCUCUUGUGUGAAGAGCAAUUGGUCAAACAGUAUCCGUAUUUCUAUGUAUAUCUUCAUGGUUUGCAUUAUUCUGACCACAGUGAUUGGAAAUCUACUGGUUAUCAUCUCAAUAUCACAUUUUAAGCAGCUCCACACGCCUACCAACUUCCUGAUAACUUCCAUGGCUACGGCUGACUUUUUGCUGGGAUUCUUCAUCAUGCCUUGCAGCAUGGUGCGCUCUGUUGAACACUGCUGGUAUUUUGGGGACUUCUUCUGCAAGAUUCACACAAGCACGGACAUUAUGCUGAGCACGACUUCCAUCUUCCAUCUUUCCUUCAUAUCCAUUGAUCGUUACUAUGCUGUGUGUGACCCUCUCAGGUACAAAUCAAAGAUAAAUGCUUUUGUUAUCCUGGUCAUGAUAUUGGUAAGUUGGACUGUCCCUGCUGCUUUUGCUUUUGGGAUGAUCUUUCUAGAGUUAAAUUUGCUAGGGGCAAAAGAGAUUUAUAAUCACAUCCAUUGUGCAGGAGGAUGCUUGGUCUUCUUUAGUGAAACUUCAGGUGUCAUCACCUCCAUAGUGUCUUUUUACAUCCCUGGAUUAGUUAUGCUGUUCAUCUACAGGAAAAUAUACUCUAUAGCCAAAAGGCAAGCAAGAUCCAUUGAUGCAGUUAGCAAAAGGAAGAAAAGAUAUGAAACAAAGCACAUCUCAUUCUGCAGAGAAAGAAAAGCUGCAAAGACAUUAUGCAUAAUAAUGGGAGUAUUUCUCAUAUGCUGGAGCCCAUUCUUCUUCUUUACAGCAACUGACCCAUUUAUGAAUUAUGCAGCACCUCCUAUUCUCAUUGACGCUUUGGUUUGGUUUGGUUAUUUAAAUUCUGCAUUUAAUCCCAUUGUUUAUGCAUUUUUUUACAUGUGGUUUCGCAGGGCGUUAAAGACUAUUCUGUUUGGAAAUAUUUUUCAACAGGACUUGUCAAGGACUCAGUUAUUUUUAGAGUAACAUCCUUUACAUGGCUGGCUUAACAGCAUUGAUAUUUGCCUGCAACUCCAGGAGGCAGGAGCUGGAAACGACAGAAAAAAACACCUAUUUGUUUGCUCACUUAUCAAAUUUGGUUCAAGCAGAUAAGUGACUAUUUUGUUUUGUCUCCUUUCAUUCUAGACUGGGAAUUGUAGGUAUGUAGUGUUUUGAUUUUAGCUAUUCAUAUGACAUAUAUGGAGCAAUUUAUUAACUGCUUUUCUUCAUUAGGAAGUGAUUCCUAAACAACAGAUUAAAAAAAAAAAAAAUUCUGUAUAUUUGCCAUCCUCUAGAACUAAUGGAAAAGCCUUUUGAAUUUUUAGAUGUUUUUGAGUAAAAUCCCAAAAUUUUUAUGUUUUUCCCUCCCCUUCAGUAUGUGUGCAGAAGUCAGAGUAUCCUAAUACACAGCCAUGUCAAUACACUCCAAGGAGGGAGGAUGGGACAAGGAGAAGCCAUGCUGUUCCUUCUCUUUACAUUUCAAUUAGUGUUUCUCACUUUUGUGUUUAUCACUUACAGGCUUUGCCACUUAUUGAAGACAAAAAUAUUUUAAAUAAAAUCUAAGAUAUGGAAAACAUGUCAUAAGAAAUGAAAAGCAAUUCUGAAUCUGACAUUGCCUGAAAAUGAUACUUUCAUAAUGAAAAUUCAAUGAAUUCAAUGUAAAAUAUGCUCACAUUUGAAAGAGGCAAAUGGACAUCCACCAACCACAUCAGAACUCAGGCAAAUAAGUCAAAAAAUAAAACAUGGUUACCAGCUGAAGAAGGCCCACAGGCUGUAAUUUUCUCUAAUUUUUUUUUUUUUUGCCUACAACCUGGCUUUUCUAGAAUUAACGUAUCACCAAACAGAAGGGAAUAACACUUCUGGCCUAAUCCUGUGACAUCUGGUUGGAGCAUGGACUAAUUCUGGAAAUGGACAGUAAAAGAUUAGUACCUGAGAAGUGCUAUGGUGAAAUUGAUGCUUUGAUGUUGAAGUAAGAGCUAUGCUCAACUGUAAAUGUUGUCCAUUUGUGUUGCUGGGGUAAGCACACACUCUAUGUGUAUCUUCUUUUUUGUGCUCUUAGAGCACUGUUGCAUUCUGCACUUAGAGCAUAAGAGUUCAGUGAUACUACAUUUCAGCAGAGCAAAAAAACAACCAACAGAGUCUGAGACCCCUUUACAAUGUCAUUGUGUAAGUUAGUACACUCCAAAAUGAUAAAAAAAAAGGAACGAUGACUGAAAUAUGCAACAUAUCAGCUUUGUACUGUGGAAGAUAAUUCUUAAUUGUGACAACAUGACUACUUUAAUACUUUAUCUCAGAGAAAUAAAGUAUUUGCAUUUAAAAAAUCUACCUUUCCAAGAAAUGAAUGCAUAGUUCUCUUUCUCUUCAUCCCAUUGAGGUCAUCCUGAUGCAGUUCAUUUUCUUAUGUUUCAUGUUGCUUUCUGAAGUGAACGGUGUGAUCAUUCAGAUAUAUUGAUCUCUCUUGAAAUGGCAGUUUCACAACUGCUGCCAGGUGAUAUCUUCUUUCUUUUGGUAGUGUUAUAGAUUGAAUCAUAGAAUGGCUUUUGUUGGAAGGGACA